AGAUUUUCAUGAAUUUCGGACGUUAUUAUAACCUCUGAUUACUGAAUUUUCACAUUUAUUUACUCUAAUAACACUCGUGAUAAACAGAUUUACCGUAUCUCAUCACUGGGAAAUCUGUGAAAGGUCAAAUCAGGAUUUUUUGCCUUCGAUGUUCCACAAUCGGUGUAGACACAAAGUGCACGUGGAGGCGACAUGCUGACCACGAAAUCUUCUUCGCUAAACACGAUAAACCUAUCCAAAAAAAUCUCACGAAACUAGAACGAUGUACUUCCCUAUUCACUACUAUUAUUUAUCGCUAUUUGUUGCAAAAAAAAUCUGUAAACUGUCGACUACAAUGACCAACAAACACAGAGACUGCGGUAAAGCUCUCUUCGCGCUGUUUACACAGCAGGAUCGAGCGGGAAACUGACAGGAGCUGCGUUUUCGCGGUUUUUUCCUAGUCAGAAAAAUAUGGUUGUCGCAACCAAUACUUUUGUAAAACCUCCUUACACACUCAUUAUUCAUUUUCUUGUCAUUUAUUUACUUUCAUUAUUGUUAAAAAGUAUAUUUUACAUAAUAUACUGCAUGAAUGAUGAAUCGUCUGCUUGUGCGUGCUCAUAUGCGCGCCAAGCUGUAGGAAACUCAUAGGUGGCGCCGCCGAGCGGUUGGGUAACAGAACUAACGGCCUGUUACCCAAGCUUUCGUCCCCCCAUUUUAACCCAGAACCGUUCUUCUAUAGGAAGUCUAUAUUCGUUGCACAUAGUGUCACCGCGACUCGGUAUAGCCCGCAAGUGCGGGAGAGAAAGAGAGUAUCCAUAACUGAUGAAAAAGUAGCUAUCCAAUGAUGCCCAAAAAAAGAUAACGACGAGAUGUCAUUGAGUUCUUCACUCAUCACUUCGAAAUUCUUAAGUUUAUAGGUUAAUUCGGUUCAAAUUAUCAUGUAAUUCAUUGUACUUGCUGUGCAGACUAAAAUACAUAAACAAACCAAUAAGUGGUAUACUCUCUUUCCCUCUCUCCUACUUUUGCCUUGCACACUCAACUCUCUCUAUAUUAUAUCCAGAUCAUCUCUAAAUAUUAAGUUCUCGAAUACCUCUCUACGUAGUUUACAUUUUGACAAACAAACUUUUAUCAAUAUGGACUUUCGAUUUGAUAUCAAUAAGCUUUUGCCAAAAAGGAUCAAUAAAAUUACACAUACACUUAUUCCUGAAGGCUUUAGAGGAGAUCGUCGAGAAUACAAUGAUUGCCAAAGGCUACUUACAAGAAUACUUGAUGAUAUGGGCGAGGCAUCUGCGAAGGCUCAAGGACUUAAUAGGACUAUCACCAGUGCUUUAAAACUCAGAGAUACGGAUCAUAUUAUUUACCUUAUGGUUGAUAAUGAAGGGAACAAUGGGCUUGGCAGCGUUGUUGGUCUUCUUAAAACUGGCUCCAAAUUGCUAUUCAUGUUUGAUGAAAACGGCCGUCAUUAUCAGAUAAAGCCUCGAUGUAUUCUAGACUUUUACAUUCAUGAAUCGCGACAACGUAUGGGAUUAGGAAUGGAAUUGUAUCAGCACAUGCUCUCAGAAGAGAAUUUAAAACCAAUUAAAUUGGCGAUAGAUCGACCGUCUGAUAAAUUUUUAUCUUUCCUCAUGAAGCACUAUGGAUUAACAACAAUAAUACCUCAAAAUAAUAAGUUUGUCGUUUUCAAAGGCUUCUUUGACGACGAAAUUGAAGAAUCACAGAGCAGCAACAAUAGAAACAACUCAGCAUCACCCACUAGACAGUCUGUUGAUGGAAAUAAUCAAACCAAUCUUACAGAUAUCCAAUCGCCUAGAAAUAAUAGCAGUAAUGGAACACCUCGCAGCGCUUAUGGUAGAUAUGCCGCAUCCCGUCCACCGUGUUCUAUGGCUACUAUAAUACACCAUGCUGUGACUGAUCAACCAGCUAAUACAAAAUCGUCGUUGAGAAUGUUUCCAGAUCGGCCAGAUUCAGUGACUUUCAGUAAUUAUGAAAAGCAAGAAAAAGAAACUACAGAGAUUGAAGAUGGAAACGAUAGUAUAACAAUUGCUGAAACAAUGGUGGAAGACAUGCACAUACACGAAGACAAUGAUAACGAAACGGUAUUUUCUCAACCUGAGGGUGUAACAGAUGACGUAAAAGACGAACUAGAAGAGACUCCAGAAGCAUUGGCAGAGGCAAAUGAUAAUGAUAAGAUCGAUAGCGCGAUUUCCGUAGCAGGCUCUGAAGAAGUUCCUGUCGACGAAAACGCACUAACCAGUGCGGGGCACCUAGACCUUAAGUUUUAUCAUUCCCCUUUGUGGUAAAAAAUUUCUUUUUCGGCUGCUAACUUUUGAUGUUUUCAAUGUUUUGUAUUUCAAUAAAUGCCUAUGAUUAAGAGAUAUUGGUUAGUAAGGAGUGUCGAGAGUCCAGUUUUUGAAUUUUCAUCAGACAAAGAUCUGUGUAAACAUGUUAAGUACGGUUGUCAUGUAUUCAAUUGUUAAAACUAUAAUUCAAUUCCUUUUCCCAUAUAACCGUUAUGAAAUUUUUGUUGAAGUUACUGUUGAAUUCUCAUAAUUUAUUGUAUUACGUUUUGACGUAUAACGAUUAUAAAUUUGUUUUUAUGAGCGAGGAUAUAUACAUUUACAAAAAGCUACAUAUACGACGUGCCAUUGUCGAAAAUUGAAAGCUAUUUUACACAAGUAAUUUGAUAAAUGAACAUCGAGGACUCCUCUGACACCCUUUUCGAAUGUAGCAAAUAUGAUUAAUUUUAUAGCAUUUGAUAGUAUUUAAGAUAUAGAAACUGUAAUUGAUAGUUCUAAACAAUUUAUACAAUAUAGAAGCAUGAUUAGCAACAUUUUAAGUUACUGUGAAUAUUGGUUUAGCAAAAAAUGAGUUUGGCAAAGCCUACGAUGCUAUCGAGAUCUGAUGAAAUCAGAGGUGGAAGUUAGUCUAUUAGAGCCAAUUAUUAAGUCUAUUCCCGACGAAAAUUCUAAAAUGUUUACAGCUUAUUUGAUCGGUAAAUAAAGGACCGAUAUCAGAUUUCAAUGUAUAGCUAUGACGAGCAAUUAACCUUAGGCAUAUAUUUACGAUGAAUAAAUAUCUUACCUAAUCGUAAAAAAUUCAGUCUCAAGAAAUAAUAAUAAUUUAUUCCUCUAGUUGUAAUAGACAAUAUACAAAAUUGCAUUGAUGCUGCAUAAGAUUUAAAGAAACGAAAGUAGAGACAUUUUUAAUACUUGCGCGCCUUUUAAGAAAAGUAUACAGAUAAAAGUUACCAUAUACAGGUAGACUUUUGGAUGUUUCGAGUGCUAUGUGAAUGUUGAGAGAGAGAGAGAGAGAGAGAGAAAGAGAAUAUCGUUCAAUGCCAAUUUUUGUAAACUUUUUAAUAUCUGUACACGUUGCGUUUUGAUAACGGUUUUAUUGAAAUAAUUUAAUAGACCCAAUAGAAUUCCAAUCAUUAGUCCAAUUUAUUUAUUGAUAUAGUUUAUACAAUGAUGGUUACUUAGUUUGUACUCCAUGCAUAUUCUUGCUCGCUUAAUCAUUUUAAGUGCUUAAUUUUAUUGCCAGCCAAAGGAAUUAAGUACUGCAAGUAUUUUAAAAUUUCAAAAAUCAAAUAUUUCGAAGUCUGCGGCGCUCAUUUAGAAUGCGUUGUCUCGUCUCAGGGAUCAUCUUCAUAAUUUAGUAUACGUACCUUAAAAGUGUCUAUUGUGCUCCACGUAAGGUUCUAUCAAUUAUUAUAUCGUAAAAGAUGUCAGACAGUAACGCUAUGUCGUACAACACACGCAUUUCGAAAGAUUUACCGAAUCAUCAGUUACACAAUUUUGAUUAUUUCUAAUCAACGAGAUAAUCAAAGCGUAAAUCUAUAUCGAGUUAAUGCAAAUACCAAACUGCGUUACUUUUACGUUUAUGUUUUCUGUUAUUAAAAAAAUAUUAUCAAUUGUUAGCCUACUGUUAUUUCGUUGUAUUACGUUGCAUUAUACGUAUACCCAAUGUACGAAUUUGUCUAAAGCAUAUGAAUAAAUAUACAAUAUAAAAAGCACAAAAAA